CUAACUAACUAGCAAUAUAACACAACAUUAACAAACAAACAAACAAACAAAUAAUCAACUAACCAAAAUGGGUGCCAAGGAAAGUGUCGAGGCAGCUGUUAAAAUGAAUGCCGAUGGCUGGGGCCACGUGGAGCGAGGAAGUCGCUACCACGGCCAUCGGCAUAAUCAACGCUCGCAGUCGCUAAAUCGCGGCCAAGCGCUCUCGCAGGCGGACGUGAGCGGCAUGUGGUGACAUCGGGGUGCCUCU